AAUCUGCUUGUCAGCUUAGCAAACAGAGCUUUGUGAAAGAGGUGGAGCAAAAUCCACUUUCCAAAAGCAUAAAUGUCAGAACCGAUCUGCAGAAUUAUUGUGAAUGUGUUGUGAAUCUUUGGCAGAGGGAAAUGAUUUUUAAAAUCUACUUUUUUUGGUUCUUCACUGCCUUAUGCGGUAAGUUGAUUCAUCAUUUUCUGACUAAGACAGUGGUUCUCAGUACUGGUCCUGGAGUAUUACUGCCCUGUUUGUUUUAGACUAUGUUCAGACUGCAGGCAAACCCAAUUUGUUUCUAAAAACUGAUCUGUUGAGAUUACCCUUACCCACUUUUCAUGGACCCCUGGACCUCUGUCACUUCUGGUGCGAAGCACAUUCAAAUGUGGUUUGGAUUUAAUUUGCAAAAAUCCUGGCUGUCCCGACUAACAAAUCUCAAUCUGGAAACAGGUUAUAUGUGCCAAAAAUCAUAGCCUUAAAGGUUUCCUGCUUAUACAGACUCAGUUUGUUUUGGCGAGAGCUUAUCAGUUAGAUUAGCUAGAUCAGGUGCAUUGAAAUUUUAAAACUUGCAGGGCAGUGGUAUUUUCCCUCAUCCACAUAGUUAACCCAACCUAUAAAGAGCUUGAAAAUGAGCUAAAUUAGAUGUAAUGAGAAAACAAGACAAAGUGUGAAACUAUACUGGUGUGAUAAUAACAAAGAGAAAAACUUCCAUUUAGACAGUUAUACAGUUAUACAGCUCUGGAAAAAUGUAGGAGACCACUUCGGUUUCUGUGAGUUUGCUAUUUAUAGGUAUAUGUUUUAGUUAAAUGAGCAUUGUUGUUUUAUUCUAUAAACUACAGACAACAUUUCUCCCAAAUUCCAAAUAAAAAUAGUAAUUUAGAGCAUUUAUUUGCAGAAAAUAAGAAAUGGCUGAAAUAACAAAAAAGAUGCAGAGCUUUCAGACCUCACAUAAUGCAAAAGAAAACAAGUUCGUAUUCAUAAAGUUUUAAGAGUUCACAAAUCAGUAUUUGUUGGAAUAACCCUGGAUUUUAAUCACAGUUUGCAUGUUCUCCUCCACCAGUCUUACACACUGCUUUUGGAUAACUUUAUAACACGCCUGGUGCAAAAAUUCAAGCAGUUCAGCUUGGUUUGAUGACUUGUGAUCAACCAUCUUCUUUUUGAUUAUAUUUCGUAGUUUUUCAAUUUGGUAAAAUCUAAGAAACUUAGCAUUUUUAGGUGGUCUCUUAUUUUUUUUCCUGAGCUUUAUAUGAAUGAACUUUGUAUAGCUUCACCCACUACACCCUUAAUGAACAGUGACACUAGACUAGAUCAUUUAACAUGCCCCUACCAAUGUUUGUGUUACCGGAUGAUCCACCACUGAACAAUCUUGAUGAAUAAGGUUCAUAAAUUAUUACCAACUAAUAGGACUGACACCUAUUGGUAAUGUAUACCAAAUAAAACCACUGGUUGGAGAUUGUUACAGUCAUCUCUGCAUCUACAGGGUUGGUGCAUGCUGUGUCCAACUGUAGUUACCAGGCUAUUCAAGAGUACCUUGGACUGGACAAAGACAAUAUUAAGAUGACCUCAUUACGCCCUGUUCUUCACUGGAAAACUCCUACUUUGCUUUUGGUGGAUCUAUAUGUUUCCUCCAUCUCAGAAGUGAAUGAAAAAGCCCAAAGCUUCUCUCCCCAUGUGUAUAUGGAAAUGGGCUGGGUCAAUGAGUUUACUAAAUGGAACCCUGUAGACUUUUGUGGAAUACAUCACAUGUGUGUGGCUAAAGAAAUGCUGUGGAUUCCAGAUAUAAAUAUCAUUGAAAACAUCAGGACAGAGUUUUCCACACAGGAACCUCCAGUACUAAAAAUGAUGUCUGAAGGCAUUGUAACUGUUGUAUACUCCUACACCAUGACUUCAGCAUGCAAAAUGAAUCUAUACAAGUUUCCUUUUGACACCCAGAGUUGCACCCUUACACUCCAGUCUUUUUUGCAUUACAUUGACGAGUUUAGAAUUAAAGCCUACUCCAACGCUUCCAUGCUGACUGAUGGCUCAAAGCUGUUCUUCAAAACCCAAGGAGAAUGGGACCUCAUCAGCAUUAACAUGUCCAACAAUCAGUUACACGCUGGUGGAAGAGUGUGGGAUCAGCUUUUAUAUACGAUUACCAUAAAGAGGAGACCUCUACUAUAUGUAGUCAUCUUCCUGCUGCCAAUUUUGUACUUCCUGGUGUUGGAUCUGGCCUCCUUUUUCAUCUCAGAUGAUGGAGGAGAGAAGCUGAGCUUUAAGGUGACGUUACUCUUGGCAAUUUCUGUCCUGCUGCUGAUUCUCCACGACAUGUUACCCUCCACUUCUGAUGACCUUCCACUAAUAGGGGUCUACUGCAGUGUUAUAUUCACCUUCACAGCUGUAAGCGUUCUGGAGACCAUCCUCGUGAAUUUUCUAAAGACUCGAAGCGUUCAGGCCAUCCCUAAAUGGUUUAAGGAAGCUGCAGCUGCUCCUCUGGACACUGGAGAGAGAGCUUCACACAGCCCGCCAGACCUUACAGGAGAAACGAGUGGAGAGACGAGCAGCAUCGCUGUCCUUCAGCAGAUUCUCUCACAGCUCCAGAAAGCUCAUCAUCUCCUGAGUGCAGAAAAACAGCAGCAGACUCUGUGGUGGACAAAAGUGGCAGAAGUGAUAGACAAGACUUUCACUGUUAUAUAUGUUAAUGGUGUCAUGUUGUUUUUGCAACAAAUGUGGCAGGCUUGGUUUUCAUAGUUAUUUAAUUUAUUUGGAUCUAGCCAAUACUGAAAUAACUGCAUCACAGCCAUUUAAUGAUUUUAUUCCACCUAAUUCCUUUGUUGUUUGACUGAAAUAUACAUCGAUGAGAUUAGAUAAUACAUGUUAAAUAUUUUUUUUAUGGUUUUAUUGAUCAAUUUUAUUGUUUAAAUAUUAAAUACCAAAUAAAAUAUGUGUUCGGCAAUA